CCCCCAUGUGAUUAAAGAAUCAAAUAGAAAAAGAAGCUAUAUUCCGUGACCGAGUUUAGAAAAUCUGAUAUGCAAUUUGGUAUUAAAAGGCGGCGAUUUGGUCAAUAAACUCUACUUACUGCCCCCAGCUGUCUCUUUGGCUCUUCUCAUCUCAACCUUUCUAUAUUUGAAGCCCCGUCAAUCUGCUACUGCUCGUUAAUCUUAACGAAAAUAUGGAAGUGGUGAUACCAAGUUCGCCGAUUAUGGAUUUUAAUUUCAACAGUGCUCGAUCAUCUCCUCGGUCGACUGCUCCUUCUACGCCUCGCCGAUUUGGUGAAUGUUUCUUUAGUGCACCCACGAGUCCCACCCGGUUGUCUGAGUUUUAUCGCGAAUUCGAUAGAUUCUCGUUGUUGAACGAUAGGGAAAGCAGUGGUUCGGCGGUUCCUUUUGAUUGGGAAGUAAAACCCGGUACAACCAAGUCCCCAUUUUCAACCGGAGAUGAUUUCGCUUUUGAUUUUACUGAGGACUUGGAGAAAACAUUUCUCUCGGCUGAAGAACUCUUUGAUGGGGGUAAAAUCAAGCCAUUGAAGUCACCACCUGGGUUAAAGGUUUACGACUAUAACCAGAAAAGCCCGCUUUUGUCGUCGCCAAGAUCGCCAUUUUCCCAAGGCAAAAAGAUCAUCCGUGACGCAUUUUCACCAAGAAAGCAAAAGGAUCGAAACCCUUUGGUAACUGCUGUUGAAACCAGUCAAAAUAAUAAAGAACAUGGAAGAGGUAGAGAAAGGGUUCAAGAUUUGAAGUUAAGGAAUUCAAGCCGCCGAGCAACAAGAUCGCUCUCUCCUUACAGAGUCUCAGACAAAGAUUAUCCAUGGGAAGUUGAUGAUGAAGGAAAAGAAGAGAGGAAACAGCAGCAACGUGAACCCACCACCACAAAGCAACCAUCAUUGAACUCAAAGCCAUCCAGAAAAUGGAGAUUGAGAGAUUUCCUGUUGUUCAGAAGCGCAUCGGAGGGACGUGCAAGUGGUAAAGAUCCACUCAGGAAGUAUUAUUCAUCGAGCUUUUCCAAGAAACCAGAAGAGAACAAGAAUUCAAGUUUGCGAUCGAGGGAAAGCUCUGGUUCAGUAGGAUCUAGAAGAAAAAUAUCGGCUCACGAGCUACAUUACACAACAAACAAAGCAGCAUCUGAGAACAUGAAGAAGAAAACUUUCCUGCCAUACAAACAAGGAAUUUUGGGAAGACUAUCCUUCAGUCCUCUUUCCAAUGGGUUCGGAAAAUAAUCAGUCAUCAUAUCUCAUAAUUAAGUUGUUUCAUUUUUUUUGUUGUUGUUGUAAAGAUUAUUCGCUUGGUUCUUCCUAUAGAAAUGUAUAAUUCGUAGUACGACUGAAAUAAAUGAGAAUCUGUUUGAUGCAUGCUA